AUGCGAACAGGUUCUUUCCUUACCUACCUCCUUGGCGCCCAAUAUGCGUUCGCGCAUCCGGCGCAAAUCCCGCUUCUCCAUUAUGACAACACCACAGUCUCAACGAUUCUCUUUAAUGAGCUGGAGGAGCUGGCGCGUAUCGUGGACAUCUCGUACUGUGUUGGAAUCACAGGGUUAGGGAUACAGAAACCAUUUCAAUGCGCAAGUCGGUGCUCGGAGUUCAAGAACUUCGAAUUAGUAAAGGCAUGGAACACAGGACCUCUUCUCUCAGACUCAUGCGGAUACGUUGUGUUAUCUCAUCCUCCUUCACCUAAGCGCAUCAUUGUAGCCUUCCGCGGCACCUACUCCCUUGCAAAUACCAUCGCAGACCUCUCCACUGUCCCCCAGGAGUACGUUCCAUAUCCUGGUGGUGAUGAUGAUGAUACAUCGGACCUACCGUUAUUCAAGCAGAUUCGGAAAAAAUCAUUCGACGCAGAAGAUGACGUCCCAUCCGCAGAACCACCCAAAUGUAACAACUGUACAGUGCAUAUGGGAUUCAACCGAUCGUGGCUUAAUACGCGAACAGCGAUCCUGGAGGACUUAGCUGAUGCACUUGAUUCUCACCCGGACUAUCAGCUCACACUGGUUGGACACUCUUUAGGCGGUGCUGUUGCAACAUUGGCAGCUCUGGACCUGAAAGCAAGAGGCUGGGAUCCAAUUACGACCACGUUUGGAGAGCCACGAAUCGGAAAUGAGCACUUUGUACACUACAUCGACGCAAUCUUUGGUCUUCCAUCAAGCAACAGCUCAUCUGUCAUGACGGAAUCAAAAAUGCGCCGAGUCACCCACGCAGACGAUCCUGUCCCGCUCUUACCGCUAGAGGAAUGGGGCUACCAAAUGCAUGGUGGAGAGGUCUUCAUCUCCAAGCCAGAUCUUUCGCCUGAGGUUCAUGAUGUAAGGCACUGUAGAGGCGACGAUGACCAUGACUGCAUCGCCGGGAACGACAAUCGUACGCCAACAGAUUCUGCUCCUAGCAACCAUGAUAUCGAAAGCUUUGGUGAUGUCGGAACCUUCUUCCAGGAACAUCUCCCUGGCGAGUCACAUUCCAACUGGUGGUCCGUUCCUACCCGUUACAAGCUCUGGCAGCUUUUCUUCGCACACCGAGACUACUUUUGGAGACUAGGACUCUGCAUACCAGGUGGUGAUCCGAAAGACUGGUAUCGAAAGUAUCCACACUACGAAGAUGGAGAUGAACCUCAAUAA